GUCCUUUCCUCACAAUAUUUAAAGUUAACUUCACAAUUAAAUUUUUUAACCCCGUCACUAAUUGUUAAGAACAUGUCAAUCAAGUAUAUUUUAGGCUACUUCAACCUCGUCACCGUCACGGCGCUUGUGCUCAUUGGAGUAUGCUACACCGUGACGGGACAAGGAGAACGGAUCGACUUUGGCUGGUUCUUAACACAAACAUCUCCUCACAUGUGGGCCGCGACGGGGGCAGCGUUCGCUGUCGCCCUGUCCGUCGUAGGUGCAGCUUUAGGAAUCCACACCACAGGAGUCUCCAUUAUCGGCGGAGGUGUAAAAGCGCCCCGAAUCAAGACGAAGAACUUAAUUUCAGUCAUUUUCUGUGAGGCUGUCGCUAUUUACGGGCUAAUCACUGCCAUCGUUUUAGCCGGGAUGAUUGAGCCCUUCUCCUGGAACAAGGCCGAGUUGUCGAUGGAGGUUCGCGAGCGAAAUUACAUGUCAGGCUACCUCAUGUUUGGCGCUGGGCUGACCGUGGGGCUCGUAAAUCUCGUGUGCGGAAUGUGCGUCGGGAUCGUUGGGUCAGGCGCAGCGUUGGCGGAUGCCGCAAAUCCUGCCCUAUUUGUCAAAAUCCUGAUCGUGGAAAUUUUUGGAAGUGCUAUUGGACUCUUUGGCUUGAUCGUGGGAAUUUACAUGACCUCUAAAGUCAAGAUGGGUGAUAAGCAGUAGUGGUAUUGGUCAAUCACAAGUAUUGUCAUCAAAUCACCUCCGCAAGAAAUCAUCAUUCUAUAUUUGAUUCUAAAUUGAAAUCUGAAACAUUCCAUUCGAACAUACUCCAAACUGACUAUCUGAUAUCGGACCUGUGUAACUUACUAAUUAAUUAAUUUUUUGAUUAUCUACCGUUUAAUCUUUACAAGUAUAAGAUGCAAUCUUCUGCACAGUUUAUUCGGAUUGGUUGAAAUGUUAGACCUUGUGCCCGACUGGCUAAUUUUUUCGAUACAUUUUCCUCCUCCUUUCUUAGCAUGAGAAUUUAUACAGAAGUCGUUCUAGUAGUUUUGUUUGUUGGUGGUGCGUGUUAAUGAGAAAUCAAUAUUAGUUUUUUAAGAAUAAUCAUAAGUCGAAUCGUCCCUAUUCAACCUUAGUGGAUGGGAUUUCAGUAGUUUAGUUAGUUGGUUGACGUCGCCGUUAUUAUUGUCGUCGUCGUAAUUGUAUCUGAUGAAUCUAGUCUCGAAAUGAUGAUGAUGAUGACGUGUAAGUAAAUUGUACUGCAUACAUUAAUUACUGCUGCUGCUGAGAAAGGCAAGGAUAAAGCAGCUGCAUUUUCUUUUAGUAGAAUAGAGAGAAGAAAUCAGUAAAUAAAAGAUUUUUGUGUCAAUAUAA